CACUUUCAAUAAAAAAAUAAUAGUCUGUUCUUUCGUUCUUUUGCUUACUUCACGUUUAAGUUGUCACUAAUAGAUCGAUCCGAUCAUUUUGUUUGCGACCGGAUUAUUUAUCAUAUUAAGAUGUCACUUAACCUAAAAUAAAUUUACUUUCAUAUUGAUUUAAUUAAUUUCUUAUUUGAUUUAGAUUUAAAGUAAUUGAAAAUUACUACAAACUGUAGGAAGUGAAACAAUCUCAAUCAUAAUUUCAGGAUAAGUGCAAGCAAAAUCAGAAAAAAAAUAGAAAUCUGUCAUACGGCUACACAGUCUUUCAAUUUUGGACCAUGGCCGAUGCUUCGACUAUCGAUUGCGCUCUCAUGAUUGAGUGGCUCAACAAACAACAGUCGGUUACAAAAACUGGGAAGUGGAAGUCCUCGACAUUGAGUCUCAUACGAAAUGAGUUCAGAGAGAUCUAUUUGCAAGCAAAAGUAUCAGCUGCAAUACUUAAAUUCCGCUUAGAAAAUGUUAAUGUCCACAAGAAAUUCAUUUCAGAAGGAAAAGCAACAAUAACGUUUCACGCGCAUCCUGCAGUUUUGUACAUUUCAAAUGCACCAGCAUCACAGCUUUUAUUAUUUCUAAAAACUAUUUUUAUAAAAAUGAGCAGUUCAAAGAGCUCACCUAAGGUACCACUUCGAGAACAGUUGCUUUCGAAUAAAAAUAGAGUUGUACAAGAAAUCAGCCCAAUUAACACCAAAGAUAUUAAGAGAGUAUCGAUUGCUAAGGAGACUAGUGCCACCAUACAGGCUGGUGCUUUGAAGAGAAAAAGUGUUUCCGAGAAACAAAACGUUCAGGGAAACAAGAAACUAUGUACUGAAUUACUUUUAAAAGAAAAAUUAACAGCUGAACAAAGAGAAGUAAUGGAUGCUGUAAAACAAGGAGUUAACAUUUUCUUUACUGGUAGUGCAGGCACUGGGAAGUCAUUUCUCCUACGCCAUAUCAUCGCUUCUCUGCCUCCAGACAGAACUGUAGCGACAGCUAGUACAGGGGCGGCAGCCUGUCUCAUCUCAGGCACUACACUGCAUGCUUUUGCAGGAAUGGGAUCAGGUGAAGGAACUUUGCAACGGUGCAUUGAACUAGCCAGGAGACCUCAGGUCAUAUCGAAUUGGAAGAGAUGUAAACAUUUGAUCAUUGACGAAAUCUCUAUGGUUGAUGGGAAAUACUUUGAGAAGUUGGAGAAAGUAGCUCGAAUAGUAAAAGGGGUUGAUAAGCCUUUCGGAGGAAUUCAGCUUAUUGUCUGUGGAGAUUUCUUGCAGUUACCACCUGUGGUUCCUCGGAAUACGCCACAAACCCAGAAGUUUUGCUUUCAAUUUCAUGUUUGGAGAAUUUGUAAUUUUCAAGUUCAUCAGUUGGUGAAAGUUCACCGUCAGUCGGAUAACCACUUUAUUAAUAUCCUCAACAAUAUCCGCAUUGGCAACGUAACGAAGGAGGUCACAGACUCCCUGAUGAGCACGGCAUCCCGACCCUUGUCCUCGCAGGACAUUGUUGCCACCAAACUGUGCAGUCACAACCAAGAGGCCUCCAGAAUAAACACCUUCGAGUUGGACAAAUUAGAAGGAGCUGAGAGACGCUUCGUGGCCGAGGACAGUAACACUGCGGCCAGCAAGAUGUUGGAUGAUCAGACACCAGUAGACAGCAUCUUAGUUCUCAAAACAGGAGCACAGGUCAUGCUGCUCAAGAACAUCAACAUCGCCAAGGGACUGGUCAACGGAGCUCGAGGCGUUAUUACUACAUUUUCAAAAGAUGGUUUCCCAGUGGUACGUUUCAUCUCUGGUGUAGAUUUAACAGUUCGCAGAGAAACCUGGAUUGCCAAGUCCGCAAGUGGCAGUCUAUUCAAUAGAAAACAGUUACCUUUAAAGCUUGCUUGGGCAUUUUCUAUACAUAAAUCUCAGGGUCUUACUUUGGAUUGUGUUGAAAUUUCUCUGUCGAAAGUAUUUGAGGCUGGUCAAGCGUACGUUGCACUAUCUCGGGCAAAAAGUCUGGAGUCACUUCGCAUUGUCGAUUUUGAUCCGAAACAAGUUUGGGCGGACGCAGAAGUGCUCAAGUUCUACAGAAGAGAAGUGCAACGGUCAUCCGCCAACACGUAUAUUGCAUUAGGAGCAGCUAAGUCUAGAUAACGUUUAGUCAUAAUAUUCACAAUGGUGAGUAACAUUUACUGUAGAAUCUACUAAUCUGAUCUGCUAGGAAGUAAAAUCUUGGAUUACUGCAUGUUUUGGUCAGUUGAUUUAAUUCUAAAUGUUGUAUCAAAACAUUUGAAGUUAUAUCUUCUCAGACAAUAAAACAUUUGUGUUUGCUAUUGUAUGAAGUCAUGUUAGUCAAACUGUUUAUCAAAGUUUAAAACAGUAUUUCAAAUAGAAAAAAUUGUGUAAUUUUAUUACUUUUGUUUGUUAUUAAAUUUGGGCCAAACUCAAACUAAAAUUAUAAUUUUUAUUAAAUUCUUAAUAGUUUUGUGAUUUAAGUUUGUCAGUGAAUGUAUUUGGUUAACGGAAUUUAUGGACUUAGCAGAUUUUGAGAUUAGUUUGGUUUGAAUAGCCGAAACAUCUCUAGAGUUGUGAAGAUUAAAUGUAUCUGGUAGAUGUAAUAGGCUAAAUCAAUAUGUAAACAUCUAAUGUUUUAGAUCUAUUUUUUAUUUUUAGUUUUGUAUUGUGUUACAAUUUUGCACAGUAUUUAUAUAAUAUAUUUUUUUUUUUAUUUUUAAGAUUGUGUAACUGCUCUGUAUUUAAAUAUUUAAUUUAUUUGUUUAGAACCGUUAUAAGUUCAUGUAACAGUUUUUUUUGCCCUAUCAGUGUUUAUUUGUGAAUUCUCAUAGGAAUGCUAUAAACCUCUUAGUAGCAAUUUUCAAAGAUUACAGUGUGUGCUGAACUCUGGAUUUUUUUUAUAUUUUUCACAGGUUAAUAUCUUUAACUUAGCACACAAAACUGACCAUCAGACAUAUAAAUAAUAAUUCAGAUGUUUGCUGUGAUAAAACUUCCCAGCAUUAUGUACCUGAUAUGCACCAAAAUUCAAUCUCACAAUUUUGUUCAGUUGGUGCUAUUUUGGUUCAUUAUGCUAUAAAAUCAUAUUAGGGAUAAAACGUUCUUAUACGUAAGUAGUCAACAGAACUUGUCUGGACAGUAGACAGUUAGUAGUCAAUUUUUUACUUUUAUGAAUUGAUUGUUAUAUAUAUUUGUGUUUGCUUAAACUUAUCUAUAAGUUUUUUGACAUUUGAAGGAGAUCAAAUUACAAUCCUUGAAACAUAGUGCACUACUUUU